AUGCAGGCCUGCAUUUACUCUACUGCCCCAGUCCAAAGACCCAACAUUCAAAGACUCACCCUGAAUGUUGAGAGCAUUCUCCUCUCGUCAACAACACGCAACCUUUUGGCUGUUGUCAUUGCGUUGAAGCUGCUCGCAAAGCUUAAUCGCGUAUUGUCGACUCUUGCACUCAACAAUUGGAUGUCCGAUAAAUAUGACUGGUCGCACGAGAUUGUUCUGUUGACCGGUGGAUGUAGUGGCAUUGGACAAGGUGUUGUUGCACGCGGAUUGGCGCGUCGAGGCGUAAAAGUGAUUGUUGUAGAUAUCCAGGAGCCCAGCAGCCCCCUUCCAAAAAAUGUCUACUUCUACAAAUGCGAUGUCACCUCUACAUCCAGCAUCCGACAAGCUGGCGCCCAGAUUCGCGCUGACCACGGCGACCCAACAAUCCUCAUUAACAAUGCCGGCGUUGGCCAGGAAGGAUCUAUCCUCGAUAAGCCUGAAUCUGUGAUUCGGCUUACAUUCGAAGUCAAUACCCUCGCGCACUGGUGGACAGUCCGUGAAUUCCUGCCAGCAAUGCUCAAACAGAAUCAUGGCCAUAUCAUCACCAUUGCGAGCACAUGCAGCUUUUUAGGUCCCAGCGAAAUGUCAGAUUAUGCUUUUAGCAAAGCGAGUGCAAUGUCAUUCCACGAAGGCUUGACACAGGAGAUUCGAUUGCUUCACAAGACUAAAAAAGUCUGCACAAGCAUCGUCUACCCAAUGUGGGUCAGAACACCAUUGGUAAAAUCCGUCACCGACUGUAGAGUAAAAGUUAGACAACCCGUUCUUGAAGUCGAGGACGUCGCCAAGGUGAUUGUCAAACACGUCCUGGGUGGGCAUAGUGGACAGGUCAACAUCCCUGACUGGGUUGGUGCGGGAAGUUAA